GUCCACAAUAGGCUGCUCCCUAUCGCUUUUUUUUAUUUUUUUUAUUUAUUUUUUUAUUUUAUUUUCCCCUUCUGUCAAUGGCUACUGCCUUUCACGCAAACGCCACUGCUUAUUCGAAACGGACGAUCCAUUCUCUCUUUCAUGACCCUGUGGGCUCUUCUGCCCUAUCAAAAACUAUUGUCUCUGAUACUUCUUUCCCCCAUUUAAAGUCCUCCAGUUCCCAACAAUCUUCUUCAAUGCCUUCGUCUGUUCCUUCUUCUCCUUCCUCCUGCUCUCCCGCGAGUACUCAUCGUACCUCUGCGCAUUCUGGACAUGCCUUGGCGACCCGUCCAAGAAAGUAUAUUGGACACUAUGAUAUUGCCGACAGAACAUUCCAACUUCUUUCUCGACAUCGCGCUGCGGCAUGCAUCCUGUUUUGGUCAUUGACCAUCCUACUGGACAUUCUAUUGCAGCUGCCUAUCGAAUGGUUCUUUCUAUUCUAUUUCAUCCUUGCGCUCGUAUUCCGCAUUUUCUUCAUUGGUGGUCAUAUCGUACUGAUCUCCAUCGGCGCCAUGUGCAUUUCCAACGCUAUAGUCUUUUAUACUGUCCCCUUCAGCUUCACCUCUCCUUUUGCUACAGGCGUAGCAUUCGGCUUGAUGGUCAGCUUAAUUCAUGGCCUCAAUCUCAAGGGCGUUAUCCUCGCCAUGACCAUGUAUAUGCUCAAACCCUACAUCGAACGACAAACUCUGAUCGCCUCUCUCAAUCCACCCGCUGUUCCCUCCAUCGUAUUUCUAGCCCCAUUAGCAUCUUUUUGCUCAGCAUUUGGUGUGCUUUGGUUAUUGUAUGAUCUCUUUGGAUAUCUUCAUGCCUCAACAGACGACCUACGGGACUUUUUUGGGAUCACCUUGCCAGCACCCUCCAUCGUCACGCUCAAAGAUGUCAAAGACAGGAGUAUCACCCUUAACUGGCAAUGCUCAUCUCAGGCAACCAUUUCAAAACAUCUAAUCGAAAUCGAUGGACUUAUCAUUGGUGAGAGUGGCAAGCAGGAGACCAGCGUCGUCAUCCAAGGUCUCUACCCUGACAAUACUUAUCGAAUACGGCUCUGGGCUAUCACCGCCCGUAAUUGGAAAACACCAAGUGAUUAUGUUGUUGUACGGACUCUUGCAUCCGUUCCUGUUGAACUUGAACUUAGCACAGCUGAAAAUGCGCGACGGGAAAGCGAAAUGAUUAAGCAGUUGAUAAAGGAGACCGAGCAUAUGCAAUUAAACAAAGAGAGAGAGCAGGAAGUAAUAGACACAACAACUGUGCAAAGACAGGACAGCUCUGCUGAGGGGAACAAAAAUACAUCCUCAUCCGGAAAAGACGGUGAUGGAUCUAAAACUUCUGCGACUCAGCCCUCUACUUUAGUAGAGGAUGGCCCUGCAGGAAGCCCGGCCACAGGAGUUACAGACGAACAAAUCGCUGCAUUGAGAAUACAACUUCAAGGAAAGGAGGCAGCCCAUGCACUACUCAUUCAACAACUCACUGACCUUGAAAAGCAGUAUAAACAGCAGGAAGAAAAAUUGAAGAAUGAAAUCUCUGCACUUCGGGAGCAACAAAAACUGGAGGAUGAGCCCCGACAACUGGCCAAAGCAAAACUGAAGGAGCUGCAAGAAAGUUUGCGAGAAGCAGAGGCUCACAAGAGUAAAAUUGAAAAGGAACAUCGAAUGGAAGUUGAGAAACGACAACGGGCUGCGGAGCAAUUGGAGGCUAAGCAUCGGAAGCUAGAGUCCUUGCAGCGGACAUUGAGACAAAGCGAGGAGAGGUUCCAAUCAGAAAAAAAAUCUCAUCGUCAGCAAAUGCACGACCUUGAGGCUGCUCUCAAGAAGCGAUCAGAGGAUGUCAAGGCUGCAGAGUCUUCUUUAAAGGCCAUGCAAGAGUCCCAAAAGGAGCUUUAUAAUACUAUUGAGGUCAAGGAGUUAGAGCUCCAAAAGUUGCAGGCGACUAUUCACUUACCAAAGGGUCAUCUCUCAUGGGAACAAAAGAGCAAGGAUCUGGACGUUCGCUGCACGCGUUUGACACAGCAGCUUGCACAGUAUAAAGCCGAAAAUCAACAACUUCAGGAACAACUUGCAGAGGCUUCCAAGAAUAUCAGCCAUGUGAAAUCAGCACGGGAAGCCCGCAGGGCGCAAGUGGAGGCAAGGAAGGCUGCUACAGCAGAAGCACAGUCUACGCAAAACUACUUGGAGCAGCAAAGUCAAGACACUAGAUCAACCUGGGUUAGAGCUAGCUGGAAUAAUAACCCUGGAAUACAGAUCCUGAACGGGCUAUUCCAGGAUGAUACAUUUUUAGGAGAUGCUAGAUCGACACCUGUGCGUAAGAUAACUGGUCCACCUCCUGGACUUCCAGCCAAGGCCAGCAACUCGUCUGAAUCAAUUAAAGCGAUGGAGUCCAGUGCUCCAGGAUAUGGGCGUUCGCGAAAGAAUUCUAUAACCCAAAACAGCUCAACAAGUCCUGGCUCUCCAUCGCGAUCCAAUGCUCAUGUUGGACAGCCGUUCGAAUCCCAACGAUACAGCAUGAGCCCUCGAGCUCGCUUCCAGGCCGUGGGACAGGUUCAUUCGCCGCCGAUUGCUCAUGGGCAACCUCAUUGGGGAGGACCACCCUCAUCGGGAGUUAAACCUGGAUCCAUUUCAGCCGGUGCCGGAAACAAACUAUCUUUGGCUGAACUUGAAUCCAAAGGCUCAUCCAACAUUGCAUCCAAUCAAUCAUACAAUUACCAUCGACUCUUCGGGACUCCUACGUCGAUGGAUAUGUCUUCAGGAAUGCUUUCAGAAGCUGGAAUGGCUAACGAGCAUCAGCUGAAUGAACAAACUGUAAUCAAAACAAUGUUCGAGGCGCCAGACACACUGGAUUUACGCCAUCCUCUGCGUACUGUUGGAAACCACUCCUCCUUAGUGGCACAGUCCAAGAUCCUUCCUUCACACCUCCGAUCAGCCUCCACUCCUGGGAUCCCUUCACCGCUUUCAUCUCCAAUUGCCACCACACUGCAGCCCUAUCAAUCAUCAUCGCCAUCUUGGGACCUCAAGCCCAUCGGUCGCCAUGGAACUCUGGAUCGAAUGCACAGUCAGGCUGAAGGAAGUUCCAGCUCACUUAACUACUCCGAUUCAUCCUCACCAACAUCGCCUCAUCUCUCUUCACUCAACCAGGUCGGACAAGGAUUUACACGCAAGUCACUGAUCAGGAAGUCUUCUGCAGAUCGAGGCUUUUGGCCAGGAUAUGACAGCGCAGAUGGUGGCUGGGCUCGAGGUCCAGAGGGCUCAUACAGCCCUAUGCUUCAUGGCACUCAUGAUCUUUGGGGUCAGAAUGAUGGACGGUUCAAGUCAGCUGCUCGACAUUCAGGCAUUUCAUCUGUACGGGAUGUCCAGAAUAUUGGAAUAGAGAGUCUGUUACCUAGCCCUAACGGCUCGUCUGUGUCUUCGCUAGACACUGGAACGCCUCUAUCUAUGGAUGCUAUCGCAUUUGCAGAUCAUUACUUUAGCAGUCGAAGCCAUCGUGGAUUCGAAGCCCCUUCAUCUCUAUCUUCCGCAGCGUUCUCCAGUGCAACCAUCAAACAGCCCAUGAUGACGGAUAAUUCUAUCAACUUGAGCGGUGCAGGAGCAGGAGGAGGAGGGGGAGGAUCUUCAGCUUCAUCCAGACUUGUAAGUGGUGGCGGUAUUGGUCCGAUAAAUACUUUGUCUGCUUUGGAUCCAACUACCAAUGUUAGUGGAAAUGAUGAGACGGACAUAUUCGGAUACGGUCUCAAACUAAACCCUUUUGGAUGGACAAUUCCAACAGAAAAUUAUAACGAUCAGGAUAUUCAAGCCAAGGAAUAAACAGAUG